AAGUUCCAGCAGGCUAACUUCCCUGUGUCUAGUUAUUCAUUACCGGUUAUUUGGAGGGGGACAGUAGAAGGAACACAGCUUUACCUGCUCAGACAUGUCUUCUGCCUACAAGAACAGGAUCCAAGAGUUCAAAUCAGCGCUGGGGGAGAACAGCAUCAACCUGACGGCUCUCAGGGAGCUCAGCUUCAGCGGAAUCCCUCAUGAAGAAGGAAUCCGCUCCCUGUGCUGGAAGAUUCUGCUCAACUAUCUGCCCCUGGAUCAGACGCUAUGGGAGUCUUUCCUCAAGAAGCAGAGGGAGGUCUACGCUCAGUUCCUCAGAGAGAUGAUCAUCCAGCCCGGCAUCGCCAAGGCCAACCUGGGUCUGUCCAGAGCCGACGUAACGCUGGAGGACCACCCUCUGAAUCCGAACCCAGACAGCCGCUGGAACAACUACUUCAAAGACAACGAGAUCUUACUGCAGAUCGACAAGGAUGUGAGGCGGCUGUAUCCGGACAUGGCCUUCUUCCAGCGGCCCACCGAGUAUCCCUGCCAGCUGAUCCUGGACCCGCAGAACGACUACGAGACGCUGCGGCGCCGCGUGGAGCAGACCACGCUGAAGGCCCAGACCGUCCACCGGAACCGCAGCGGCGUCACUAACGUGAGCUCUCCUGGGAAGGCGCUGAACCUGUACCCGUCCAACGAGUACGAGGUUCUGCCCAGCGGUACCGAGGCCCACUGGGAGGUGGUGGAGCGGAUCCUCUUCAUCUACGCCAAGCUGAACCCGGGCAUCGCCUACGUUCAGGGCAUGAACGAGAUCGUGGGGCCCAUCUACUACACCUUCGCCACGGACCCCAGCAGCCAGUGGAAAGAACACGCCGAGGCCGACACGUUCUUCUGCUUCACCAACCUGAUGUCGGAGAACCGGGACAACUUCAUCAAGAGUCUGGACGACUCGCAGUGCGGCAUCACCUGCAAGAUGGAGAGCGUCUACGCCAUGCUGAAGGACAAGGACCCGCAGCUCUUCCUCAAGCUGGAGGAGCAGAACAUCAAGCCUCAGUACUUCACCUUCCGCUGGCUCACCCUGCUGCUGUCCCAGGAGUUCCUCCUGCCGGACGUCAUCCGCAUCUGGGACUCCCUGUUCUCCGACCAGGACCGGUUCCACUUCCUGCUCCUGGUCUGCUGCGCCAUGCUCAUACUCAUCAGGGACAGCUUACUGGCCGGAGACUUCACCGCCAACAUGAGGUUACUGCAGGAUUAUCCGAUCUCAGACGUCCACACCAUCCUGACCAAAGCCAAGGAGCUGCAGGAGAACUCCUAACCAGAGACCUGCUGCUGAUGGUGGGUGGAGGUCCAGACACGGACGGACACCACAGAACCUGCAGCUGGACCUGCUCAUCUGACGGGAGAACCCUGGAGGAGGCGCUCAGGAGGAGGAGGCGUGUCCUUCUUCAUCCUGCAUCAUCUUCCUCCUCCUCUUCCUCGCAGCCGUUUCCCCUUCGCAUCAGGAAGUGAUCAGGAAGUGACGUUUUAAUUGAUCAUCUGGAGAAGGUCCACGACGAUCCAACACUACAGGAGGUCCAGCAGAUCUGAUCAGUUUUAAUUUUUCACGUCAGAACCAUUUGGUCCGUUUCUGAAGCAGGAUGCUGCGUUCAGGGAACCAGGAGGUCCACAUGUUCGGUGUUUUAUCAUGAACGUCUUCAGAGCUCUGCAGCAGGGAGGACACCAUGAUCCGUUUCUGGACCUUCCAGUCUGAUUUUCUUUAAAUGACCAGAACCGUUCUGCAGGUAAAGCUUCAGUGAAACCAGCAGCAGGUCCGUGGGUCGGUGUGAAAACUUUAGUAGCUGCUGAUGGAGCUCCAGGCUGAGGUUCCUCUGGAGGUUCCUGGCUCUCAGCGCCAACCGAUAUCUGCUGAAGCUCAAUUAUGUUGGAUAUGGAUCCUCGGUACCGCCGCACCUGUGUUGUGUUCUCUGCUGGUGGACCAAGAACAGACGGUGGUUCUGACCCAAGGAAACAGGAAACCUGUAGACAGUGUUGUGCAAAAGUUUUAAACCAGCCUCUCAGUUCUUCCUGGUUUCCUUCCUGUGAUCCAGUCUCAAUGUUUCUUACUUCUCCGGGCUUUUCCCACUCGGUUUCAGUCCAGAUUCAGCACCUGGGAAGGUUCUCCAGGAAGUGGAACAUGGUUGAAAGUCAUAUCUAGAACCUUCCUUCUAGGUAACUUUCCAUGAGCUGCCAGAACAUCCGGGCCUGAUGACUACCUGAAGUCCAGUUUAGUUUUUGAUGCACGUCAGAAAGCAAGCUGCCGUUAGCCGCGCUAGCUGCCGUUAGCCACGAUAGCUGCCGUUAGCCGCGCUAGCUGCCGUUAGCCGCGCUAGCUGCCGUUAGCCGCGCUAGCUGCCGUUAGCCAGCUAAGGAUGAUUUGGUGGUCCGGGUUAAAAACAUUCCUCUGGAAAUGGAGCGGUGCUGGACUGGAAAUGGGUAAAAAGGAAGCCUGAUACGUAGAAAUGUUCUGGGUCUCCAGUUCUCCAGGUUUUCUGAAGGUUUUAUAAUAAAAGUACAGGAAGGUUCUGGAUCUGGGAAGGAAAUUAUAGGAAUUGACGCGGUUUGGUUUUGGAUUGGAAGUUAAAAAACACCUGAAGAUCCGUUCUUAUUCAUGUCGUUUAUAUGAAGUGUUUGCUUUAAAAUCCAGAAGGUAACAAAAACAAAAGCUUAAAAACUCAUUUUUUCCUAAUGAGCCAGUAGUAAUUUUAUUUAAAAAAAUGGAGUCAGUGUUUAUUUGCAGCCUUAAGCCAGUUAGAAAUUCCCUUCAAAGGUUGUUUUGUUUUUAUGACACUAAAUGCUUGUCUGACAUUUAGCUAAAACUUUUAUUUCAUUUUAAGAAGAAAAGUAUUUUAACGGAUUUAUUUCCACCUCAGUGAGGACCUCAUACUGCAGGAUCACCUUAAACCUCUUCCUUUAAGACGCAUUUAAAAACAAAGUAUUAAUAGAUUUGUUUCUGACUCAGAUUCUACAGAAUUAUAUUUUCCUUGUUCUGCUUCAAAACUGCUGCAAGAUCAUGUUUAAGUGCAAUCUAAAACUCAGCCACUAGAUGGCGCCACAUAACCAGGAUAUGAGGAAAUUAACUAAGAUGAUGUGAUUCAACAUCUGGACCUCUGACAUGAUUCUGUGGUGGAGUUUCAGAACCGUCGGCGCUCUCAGACCCAGUUUUAGAUACGAAGAGCGACCACCUUCAUCAUGUGAUCCAAAACCACCAAAGUCUUGUUGGAGAACCCUCCUAAUGAAUGUUAAUGUUACCAGAGCCUUUUGGGUCAGAACAAAUUAACCAGAAUCUGUGCUGGUUCUCCCAGCUGUGGUCCAAACACGGACCUCUUCAGUUUCUGGUACCGUUUGCAGGAUCGGUUGCUUGUUAGUUGAAGAAAUGUAGAAAGUUGAAACUUUUCCUUUUGG